UUGCUUUGGUUUGUCUUUAUUUGCGGUAAUAACCGCCCAUAGAGAGCUUCAAUUACCUAUUUUCUUUCCUAGGCUAGGCUAUAUUUGUUGUAAUGGCACCCGGGGACUUGGACGGUGACGUCUCGGCCAUGUUGAUAAACGCAGGUGGGGACCGCGAGGAAGGUCGGAUCGGAGCUGAGAAAUAACUGCUGCCGUAGUCUGCGGAAAUCCACAGAAUUCCGUGUUUUAGUAAAGCCGCCAUGCAUGCCAUACCAUCGGUUGUGUCGAAGUGUGUUUCAUCCUAGGCUUACAUACAUACAUGCAUACACGGAUUAUUCCAUCGUUUUUAACAGAUGAACAAAAGCACUAACCCAUAGCAGCCUCCAAAACGACCAAAUUCUGCACCAAAGUUUACGAAUUCCCCCUGGUCCUGGACAGUGAAUUUGCAGGACACCACUUAGGGAAAAGGCGUCCCAUUUUCAUUAUGGUAAAUCCACAAUUUACCAUUGUGAAUUGGGAGGACGGUAAAAUAUUUCACCAUAUUUUAAGCAUGGUAAAAUCUACAUUCACCAAUGACACCACAGUGAGCAUGCUUAACUCUGAUUAAACCAUAAUCAUUAUAUAUUGAAUAAUUAAUUUUAGUUCAUCAUGUUGUGAAUACCAUGAAUACAGUGGCCAUAAAAAAACCCUCCCUCUGUCACAGGGUGAUUCAUUCAAUCAAUAUAUCACUCCAAUCUGUCAAUAAGAGGAGACGCCGUUUAGAGUAUGAUAAAUAACAUAAUUACACUGAAACAAAUUGUGGGUUUUCCCCAGGCCAGAAAGUAGAACUAGUUUCUCAGUUACUUUCACUGAAUGACGUGUGAUUUAGCUGACUGCAGGUCUAAAAUUGAGGUGUAUAUAAGGGUGCCCUCAGUGUAAAAUUUGACAGCAUCGGUAUUAGACUAGUAUAACAACUUUGGCCAUUUUAUUCAUUGAACUAUUCUUGAGACAGCUAGUGGAAACAGAUAUUUCUAUUCAGUUUUGAUAUCGUGAUUUACGCCAAUUGUCCGAAAAUCUCGUAAUGGCUUGGCGUGCAAGACCAGUUCCUGCCCUCAGACUGGCUUACAAGACCUCAGUCGAUCGGCUUGCAGUUGAUCAGAACAUUGCCACCAAUAAACCUGCAACACUCCUGGUGGUACCCUCAGCUGAGUCAAAUGCUCAACUGGAUUUGCCUCCACAUGUCGUUCCAUAUCAUGGCACUUGGUUCAAGUGUCAGAUAUGUAAUCUGACAUUGAAUUCUGUGCUCAUGAUGAGAGAACAUGCUGGUGGUAAGCGCCAUCUGAGGACUGUGAUAUUGGCUGGGCUAAGGAAACACAGGUCUGAGCUGCUGAAAGACAAGUGUGGUAUAAAAGUGGUUUGUGAAAACCAGGAGAAAUCCACUGGUGGUGUCAUCGACCUCACUGUGAACAUUGAGAAGGGGAAAAAAACCAGUGUGCCUGUCACUGUACGUAACACCGAAAAAACUGAUCUUUACCUCUACAACAUGGCAUUUCUGAAGGAUCGGCCAUUCUACAAACUUGUUAGCACGGAAAAACCAACUCCUUUGAUGCCUAGAAUAGUGAUUGCACCAGGUGCCGAAUUUAGUUUCGAAGUAAAGGGGGCGCUUAAGAGAAUAGGUCGCUACAAUACCACCCUGGUGUUACGGUUCAGGAGAGCAGCCCAGCCGGUUGAUAUUCAUAUCCUACGGGAUAUCCGUACGAGAGUUGUGAAUUCCAUAGUGCUGGAGAGUGAUCCUACAGAGAAGUAUAUCCCCUCAAGCCGAGUGAGUUAUAUUCCAGCGAACCUUGAAGUCAUUGAUGGAACGAGACCAAAAAUUGGUAGAAGAGAUACACUGGAGAAGAAGCUGGAGCUAAAGAACUACGCCAUCCCUAAAGCUCUGAGAGCAGCCGUGAAUCAUGGCCUCCCAGUCAAAUAUAAGGACCAGAGUGUUGUGGUGGAAGCAAAUCGGAUAAGACUUCUGAUGGAGAGGAAAAAUCCCGAAGAAAGUUUCAAGGAGUAUCAUUCCCACCACUCUACACUCCUUCACAUGGAAGAGCUCCAGAUGGAAGUGGACAUCAGGACUUAUGACAUGACUGGCAUCACUAUGACAAGGAAUGGCAAACUCCUUGAACUAAGGGUUCCUGGCCUAGCUGAAAACCGACCGUCCGUUCUGCGUGGAGAUCACAUCCUUGUGCGAAUUCUUGGCAGUAAUGGUGUACCAGAGGACACUGAGUACAGGGGAUAUGUGCAUGUCGUUCAACUGGAAAGUGUUUUGUUAGGCUUCAGUAACAAGUUGUUGUCGAAGUUCAUCGAUAAUAUGAAGUUCAAUGUCCGAUUCACUUUCAACCGCCUCCCGUUAAAGCUGCAGCACAGGUCAACCGAGCUGGCUUUUGAGCUGAACUUGAAGGAUUUGAUCUUUCCUCAACGUAAUACCGUGUGUCGAUGGGGAACUAUCACGGAUCCAGACCGGAAAUUAAGCUUCUGUGACAAGAACAUUGAAAGGAAUAAUGAGCAAGCGACUGCUGUGCGACACAUUGUGGCCGGUUCAUCCCGUCCAGCACCGUAUCUGAUCUUUGGUCCCCCGGGAACGGGCAAGACAGUCACUGUGGUUGAGUCGAUCAAACAGGUUCUCCGCUGCAAUCCAAAGGCUCAUAUUCUUGCCUGUGCUCCUUCGAACAGUGCAGCAGACUUGAUCACCCAGAGAGUCGCCAAAGAAGGUCAAAUUAGGAAGGAUAUCUUCCGAAUGCAUGCCGCUUCGAGAAAUUGGAAAGACGUUCCUGAGGAUAUCAAAGACAUUUCAAACUAUGACAAAGCGGAUGGUGAUUACUAUUUUCCUUCGAUAGAUGAGAUUUGUAAGAAGAAGGUUGUUGUGACAACAAUGGUGACUGCAGGAAGACUAGCCACUGCCAGUUUCCCUCCGAAUCAUUUCACGCAUGUCUUCAUCGACGAAGCGGGUCAUGCCUUCGAGUCGGAGGCUAUCAUACCGAUCGCUGGCAUCCUGGAGUGCGACAAAAUGAUGAACAAAGAUGGCGCACAACUCGUAUUGGCGGGAGAUCCUAAACAACUUGGUCCUAUUGUCAGAUCACCUUUUGCGAAAGCGUUUGGAUUAGAUAUCUCCCUCUUGGAGAGGUUGAUGGAAACAAGUGAACCGUACGGGCGUCGACCUCAAGAAGCUUGCCACUAUGACCCACGCCUUAUCACCAAGUUGGUCGAUAACUACAGAUCUCAUCCGGCAAUCCUUGAAUUACCGAACAGGCUAUUCUACGAUGGUGAACUGAACGUCUGUGCCGACAAAUUAAUCCGUGAAUCUCUGUGUAAGUGGGACGAACUUCCAAAGAAGGACUUUCCCAUAAUUUUCCAUGGCAUUGUUGGUGGAGAAAAGCGCGAGGGCAGAAGUCCAUCCUUCUUCAAUCCGGAGGAGAUUUCUGUUGUCCAUGAUUAUAUUGUGAAGUUGCUGACGGACAGGAAGAUCAUGAAGUUGAAGGAGACAGAUAUUGGGGUUAUUGCUCCCUAUCGCCAACAGGUUGUAAAGAUCAGGAAGGCCUUGCAAAAAAGGAACUACAAGGACAUCAAGGUCGGCUCAGUGGAAGAAUUCCAGGGUCAGGAAAGGAAGGUCGUCAUUAUAUCAGCUGUUAGAAGUAGCGCAGAGUAUCUUGAGGAGGACGCAAAGUUUAAACUUGGCUUCUUGGCAAAUAAGAAGAAAUACAAUGUUGCAACGACGCGUGCGAAAUCGUUGAUGAUUGUGGUUGGAAAUCCUGAAAUCCUGCAGCUCGACCCUGAGAACUGCUGGAACCAGCUGAUUGAUUUCUGCCAGAUAAAUGGUGCCUACAAGGGAUAUGAGUACACACCACUGGACACUGAGGUAGAUGAGCUGAGGAAAGCCCUGUCUGAACUCAAACUUGACUUUAGCUCAGGCGUUCCAGAGAUGUCGAUGUCAGGAGUCCAGAAUCAGGUGCAUCCAGAAUGGAGGAGCUCGGAUCGUACUUAGCUCUCGGAUUGCCCUUAGCUCUCGGAUUAAUGGAGAGGAGUUAUGCAAUAGUCCAGUUCAUGGUGGUGCAGACUGACUUAACAAUGAAUACACGUGCCUUCUUCAGUACAUUCCAAUGCCAUGAGACAGACAAGCACGAGUCAACUCGUCUUGCAUAUAUCCAGUGGCCCUACACCCUCCGCUUCGACUUCGGGCAUUGGUGCUGAUGUUGCUGCUUGACGAUGUCAUGUUACAUCAUCAUGUGUCGUAGAAGUCUGUGUCAUGCAUGAAAAUCCUCCUGAAAUUUUGUUUUGACUAGAAUUGUUUUUAGACUUCAAAUGAUCCACCCCAAGGCAAAAAAAGGUUGUUUCAAAAUGUUUAAAGAUCAGAUUAAAAGAUAUAGUUUUGCCAUCUUCGACGGUUUUUCAGAUUGUUUUUGGGGUGGCCACUCACAUCUAUGCUGUGUGUACAAAAAAGGGCCGGAUGUGAAAAAUUGGUCAAAUCGGGGAAACUAUGGGUUUUGUCUAUAGGAGCUUGUGAUUCUAUAACUGUUGGAAGUGCUGUGUGCUGGUUGUUUAUGCUGUGUGGUCUAAUUGUUUACUACUGUGAAUCGCCAAAUUUUGCAAAAAAUCUCAUUUUCGAAAAUAGUAAUCGUGAAAAAUGUUUUUUGAUCAGAAAAAGUGAAAGAAAUUAUGUAAUCUGGUGAAAUUAGAAUCGUGAGGAUAUUAUCUUUUUCAGAAUUGUUCUCAAAAAUUGAAAAUUGCAAAAAUUCGGUGGUUCAGAGUAGUCCUUGCUUUUUCAUGUUUACGCAAUGAAUGCAGUAUCUGUUAUCAAAGUUAAAUUAAAUUUUUCUGUAUUUUUGCUGAAUCCAUUAUAGCGUCAGUUCCGCAAGUUGCAUGUGAGGUUAUUCUAAUUUGUGCAUGUGUUAAACUGUAAAAUCAUUCUUAUAAUCGUUAUACAUAGAUUUUGUUGUUCUGGAUUGUUUUGCCUCGGAACAUUUUGUUUACAGGCCCCUUAGAACCAAAUUUGAACAUUUCAGUUCCUCCCAAGACUGGGCCUAUUGUUCUGUGAGCCUAAUCCCUGAACAUGUGGUAUCAGCUCUCGGACAAUGGGCGGGUAAGGUCAAACGAUGGACAGCACGUGAUAUGACCAACACUGGUCAAACAAAACUGUCGUUGUGACGGCUGAAAUAUUUGUCACACAAGGGGA